AAACUCUGUAGUAAAGAGAAGAAGAGCGGGUUGUUUAUAUGAGGAGCAGAGUCCAGAUUUCUGUCCUAAAAACUAAAAAAACUCCUGUUUUUACCGGAUUUACCUCCAGAAAACACCUCAAAUCCCGCAGCGCAGCAGCAGGUGGUUCUGAUCCGGGUGGAGGGAUGGGAGGUUCUGGGUUUGAUGGAGGUAGAGAGGAGGCUGCUGUGGAGUUUAUUUACUGUAAAGGUGUCGCUACUGAGCUUCUGAAAUACGGACCCAGAGAUCUUCAUGCUGCUGCUGAAACCCCCGACCCCCCCAGAGUGCUCAUCCUUGUCAUUCCAGGUAACCCAGGUGUAGUGGGGUUUUAUAAGACCUUCAUGUGGACGCUGUAUCAGGCCUUUAACCGGCGGUACCCGGUGUGGAGCGUGGGUCACGCUGGACACUGUGUUCCACCAGACACCAUGGACAUGGUAGAAGAUGCAUGUUUGGCGGAGGCGGAGGACGUGUGUGGCCUGAACGGUCAGAUCCAGCAUAAACUGGCCUUCCUGUCGGAGCACGUUCCCCGAGACACACACCUGGUGCUGAUCGGCCACUCGAUUGGCUGCUACAUAAUCCUGGAGACCAUGAGGAGAGACCCGAAGCUAAAGGUGUUGAAAUCUGUGCUGCUGUUUCCGACUAUCGAGCGCAUGGCCGUUACUCCUCAGGGGAAAGUGAUGACCCCUCUGCUCUGUAAUCUGCGCUACACCGCUUACCUGCCCGUAUUCCUGCUUUCACUGCUGCCCGAGAGACUGAAGACCAGCCUGGUUCACCUGGUCCUGAAGAGCGUGAAGCACCUGGACACCCUGAUCGUCCCGCCCACAGCCAGCCUGAUUAACGUGGACUGUGUCGGGAACGCGAUGUACAUGGGGAGUCAGGAGAUGAGGCUGGUGUUGGAGAGGGAUAACUCCACCAUACGACACAACCUCCACAAGCUUGUUUUUUAUUACGGAGCUACAGAUCACUGGUGUCCUGUUCAGUACUACUACGACCUGCGGAGAGACUUCCCGGACGGGGACAUUCGUCUCUGUGAGAGGGGACAUCGCCACGCCUUCGUUCUGGACGCGGGACAGGAGAUGGGCGAGAUGACCACAGAGUGGAUCCGGGAGGAGCUCAGGGGUUUAUAGCGCUGAUCUUAUAUGACUUUAUUACAGUUCUGAUCUAAACUGGAUCUGUAUUACAGGAUACAGGGAUUUACCUGAUACACCUUAUUACAACCUUAUUAACACCUUUAUUAAGGCCUUAUUACAGCCUUUAUUACGGGUAAUGAAACACUUGAAGACGAGAAGAACUCUGAUUGGGUUUGAUUCGCAGGGCCACAGCUGUGAUUUAUUCAGUGAUAUUUAAUAAUGAAUUAUUAUAGUAUGACGGAACUGGAAGCUGCGCCUGUUGGUGGCAAAACCAAGCAAUUAUGACCAAAAGCCAAAAAACUGAUGGAUCUGUUCAUUUAAGAGCUUCUGUCAGGAGUUCAUAGAGACAGUUUUAGUGAAGUGUUAGUGAAGUUUAUGAUGGAUUAUUAAUGAUUCUCAGAAGAUUAUUAAAGAUGAAUCAAUAAAUUCUUCCAAAUGUUGCAUCAUAAGUAACUAAAGAUUUUAAGUAUAAUGUUUAGCAUUAGCAUGAUUAGCUCUCUCUACCAAUUCAGAGAAUAGAAUUACAGAAUCAUGAAUUCUGAACAUUACCCCUGAAUUGUGUUUAAAGAAAUCAUGAACAUUUUUAAAUAACUAUGAAAUUCAGUUUGUUUUUGUUGCAGAUUUUAAAGGAGAAAUCCGGUAUGAAAUGAACUUGUGUACAUUAGUGUUUUAGUGAAACAUGAAAACAAGUAGAAACGUUUUUGUUAAAUAUCUCACCUCUGUUCUCCCCCAGCGUUCUGAAAUACAGAGCUUUUAGCUGAUGCUCCCAACAGGCUUACAGUGUUAGUGAUAGGGGCAUAGAGUUACCCGUGCAAAGGAAUCACUAUUUUACACCAUUAACAACAAACUCAGUGGUAGAAAUCUGAGAGCCUGACAUUAAAAACAAGAAACUAAGAUCUUUUAAAGAGCACAGAGAGCUUAUUAAAUACUCUGUUUAUUAUACACACAGGACCGUCAGGUAGGUGUUAAAGUAAAGUUACGAUCAGUCGAAGAACAAGCACAACAUUACAGGCAGGAAAAGGGAACAGACUGCAAAAUUGGAAAUGCAUAAAUAUUACAGAGAUUUUUACUUAUUUCCAUUAAUUUAUAAUUUUCCUGUGUAUGAAGCUGCUUGGAGAUUAAUGUUAAUGGUGUAAAAUAGUGAUUUCUUUGCAUGAGUAGCUCUAUGCCCCUAUCACUACUAUUGUGAGCCUGUUGGGAGCAUCGGCUAAAAGCUCUGAAUUUUGCUAUUUGAGAAAAGUUUGUACUCAUUAUCAUGUUUCACUACAACACAAGUCUGUUUCACACCAGAUUUCACCUUUAAUUCUGUUCAGAUUCUGUUGAUUGAUUUGCACAUUUUUUGAGGUUUACAUAAAAAACUUCCUCAAAGUGUUUCACCAACAUUUUAUAAAAUGUGACAUAACUGUGAUAACAAUGUGACCAACGUUUGUUUUCUUGUUUUCAUUAAUUGUCAAAGCAAUAAACACACAGAAUAACAUUCAGUUUAAAUGGUGUUAUUGCUGUUUUCACUUUAUAAUGUGGACAGAUGAAUAAAAAUCCUAAUACCUGA